AUGGAGUGCGGCGUGGCGGCGGGCGGGUUCCCGGCGCGUCCCCCGCACCCCGCGCUCUCGCCCACCGAGCGCUCGCCUGCCAAGUCCGGCCUCCAUGUCAACUUCAUCGACAAAGGAGAGGUGAAGGAACGACGGGAGAAGUUCCUGACGGCCAAGUAUGGCAGCCAUCAGAUGGCGCUCAUACGUAAGCGGCUCGCCGUCGAAAUGUGGCUCUACGAUGAGCUACAAAAACUCUACGAAACAGUGGAAAGCAGCGGGCCCGGCACCACGCAGGAGGUGGAGGUGGACAUCGACGAGCUGCUCGACAUGGACGGCGACGACCACCGCCGCCAACACCUCACGACGCUAUUAGCAGAUGCCAAAAAGCCACAAAAAGAUGUAAAUAAAUUCAUUACCGACCUGUUAGAAAAGGCGAAGACUCUGUAG